AUGUCGUCAGCAAGACAAGGUGUUCCUCAAGUAAGGAACCCGACGCUAGCCUCUCAAACUACUCCCGAACAGAGAUAUUGGCGAAGCUAUGUUAGUCCACAGUUGAUUAAAGAAAACCAUCCAAUUAAUCAUAUUGAGUUCAAUCCGGCGUCACCUUAUGACUUUGCAGUGACAUCGUCUACGAGGAUACAAAUUUUUUCAUCGAAAACGAGGCAAAUCAUCAAAACUUUUUCCCGAUUCAAGGAUGUUGUAUAUACAUCGAAUUAUCGGUUUGAUGGGAAACUAAUUUGUGCUUCAGAUGCUUCAGGAUUAGUAUCGAUAUACGAUAGUUAUCAACCAAGAAACCUUUUAGUGAGCUUCAAACCAUCACUGCAUCCAACACAUGUCACCAAGUUCCAUCCAAGUAUUGCUUCUCAACUAAUCACUGGAUCAGACGAUCGGAUUUUACGUCUUUGGGAUAUUUCUCAAACUUCCCAAGGACCAGUAGUCCAAUUUGACGAGUCGCAACAUAAAGACUAUAUAAGAAGUGCCAGUUUUAUACCGGGGAACACGAACUUGAUCAUAACCGGUUGUUACGAUGGUGUUGUGCGGUUAUUUGAUAUUCGAGAUCCCAACGGUGGUGCAGUUGCUCAAUUCAAUCAGGAUGAUCCAGUCGAAGAUGUACUUGCAGUUAAUUCAAGCACCAUAGUGAGUGCAGGUGGACCGCAAGUUAAGAUAUGGGAUUUAACACGAAAUGGUCAAAUCCACCAGUUAAAUAAUUUUGUCAAGUCAACAACCUGUCUUUAUGAUACGAGGGAAAAAGGUUUGCUUGUUGGGUCAUUAGACGGACAUGUCAAGAUAUUUGACUACAAUACAACAAACUGGGACGUCAAAUUUGGGUGGAAAUUUGGCAGCGGCGGUGUUUUAACAUGUGCAGUGUCACCGGACAACUAUAAACAUUUUGUAGCUGGAUUAACCUCAGGGUUGACAUCGAUACGUACGAGGAAAACAGAACCCAAAGUGAAACAAGGCGUUAAACAGGAAACAUCCAAUGCGUAUGCUAGGAUGAUGAAAGGGAGAGACUAUGGGGGAGAGGAAGAAUACGAAAUUGUAAAUAACACAAGCACUCCUCAGCAACAACAACAACAACAAACAAAGGGAAAAUUGAAACAAUUUGAAAAAUACUUGAAUGCAUUCAAGUGGAGCGAAGCCUUGGAUAGUGCAUUUGCACCAGGAUUGCCAAAGGAACAGACCAUUACUAUAUUAACUGAGUUGAAAAAGAGAGGCAAAUUGAGAAUUGCCCUUUUAGAAAGAGAUGAAAUCUCAUUAUUGCCCAUGUUACAAUGGUUGACAAAAAAUAUUGAAGACGUGAGAUCCUUCAACCUCGUCUGUGAUUACAUCGCCGUGAUUUUGGAAAUGUACGGCUCAAUGAUCGAUAAAUGUGUUGUACUUGAAGAAUGUUUUACUAAUUUGCUGAGAAAGAUUGAAGUUGAAAUUAAAAAGUGUAAAGAAGCAAGUGAAAUAAAUGGUAUGUUGGAACUAUUAACUGUAUAG